ACGGGUGCGCAGGGCAGGCGCGGGCCAGCUCGGCCCGAAUCGCGCGCCGCCCGGGCAGAGGAGGGGACUGGCCAAGCUGGUGGAGGAGAGCAGGAAAACGUGGGGGAGGUGCUGGCGAGAGAAAGAGAACUUGCGUGAGGACGAGGAGGAGGAGAAACCAAAUAUAAUAUUUGGCGUGGAAAUGGGAUUCUGUUUUUUUUUUCCCCUUGCAUCUUCAAAUCAAGAAAAGUGAAAUUAAUCAAUAUUAUUCCCUCUGCCCUCGACGAGUGAUUAUUGCUUCUCCCUGGGUAAGCGAAGAGAAUUGAAGCAGAGACGGAGCGUUCCAAGCACUCCGCUCCCGCAGCGUAUUCAGCAACCUGCUGCGCCUCGACGUGACCUACUUGCCCGGGAGGAAGAAUAUAAUUGGAGUUGAUCCCACGAAGAUGGAGAGUGAAACUGAGUUGAACCCAUCCAGUUUGUUCUACCCAAAUAAAUCAUUCCACCUGAAGUGAGGGCCAGAGAGAGGCCACGAGUUACUGUAUGAAUUUCUACCACAAAAGAUAAGGAAUCAUGAGUGGUUGGAGGCGUUUAAAUGCAGAAUUGGAGGCAAAAACAGCUGAUCUGGUUCGACAAGCUGAGGAAGUAAUAAGAGAUCAGCAAGAAGACCAAUCGAGGCCUGUUUCAACACAAAUUAAAUCAUAUGAAAAGGAAGAGGAUUGCAAUUUAAAAGGUCUGUUGUCUGAAGGGAUAGUUCAUCUUCAUUCAGAAACUAAGCCAAAGACCAAAAAUGUUGAUGCAGUGAACAAGAUUCAAAACAAACUACACUCUACAAAUAAAGGAAGGAAAACAAAUUCAAGUAUAAAAUUGAAAUACUUUGAUGUACGGACUGCCAAUGAUGUUGCCAUUCCAGAGGAUUUCUCAGACUUUUCUCUUGCUAAAACAAUUAGUAAAACUGAAGGGCAACUGGAGGAAGAAGGCUUACCUGAUUAUAUCGAUGAUGAUAUUUUUUGUGGUGUUAGUAAUGACAUUGGAAUAGAAGCACAGAACAGAUUUCUAAAGGCCAAACUCCGUGUUAUGCAGGAGGAAUUGGAUAAUGUUGUAUAUGAAUGCAAUAAGAAGGAAAAUGAAAUUCAGGAUUUAAAGUCUCAAAUAAAAAACUUGGAAGAAGAUUGUAUGAGACAGCAGCAAACAAUUAAUUUGCAACAGUCUCAAACAGAAAAAUAUAAAACUCUUUUUGAGGAGCUAAAUAAAAAAUGUGAUGGAUUACAGCAACAGCUGUCUUCAGUAGAAAAGGAAUUAGAAAAUAAAAGAAGACUACAAAAACAGGCUGCUACUAAUCAAAGUGCUACAGAAGUUCGGUUGAAUAGAGCUCUAGAAGAGGCAGAAAAGUAUAAAUUGGAGUUAAGUAAAUCAAGGCAAAAUAACAAGGAUAUAGCCAAUGAAGACCACAAAAAAAUUGAAGCAUUAAAGUCUGAAAACAAGAAGCUAGAAAAACAAAAAGGAGAAUUAAUGAUAGGGUUCAAGAAGCAGUUAAAAUUAAUUGAUGUUUUAAAAAGGCAGAAGAUGCAUAUUGAAGCUGCCAAGAUGCUGUCUUUCACUGAAGAGGAAUUUAUGAAGGCACUUGAAUGGGGAAACUGAUAAGUGACCUACUUUAAUUAGUCUGUAUAACUGACUGUGUGCCCCAUAUACAUUUUAUUUAAAGUUUUAAUGAUUUAUUUUUACUCUUUAUAAAUAAUUAAGAUAUUUGAUAAUGAAAUCAAAGCAAUUGCAACAAAUUCCCUGUUUAGAUUUGGGGUGGAUACAAAAUUAUUAGAAAAUUGUGAGCCACUUGCUCUUUUAUAUAAAGUAUUUUAUGCUCUGGUGAUUUAGCUCUAGUUAAUAAAAACAGUACUAGCACAUAAACUGUCAUUUAAGUUCUUAUUGACAAUAAACCACUUUGAAAUUC